AUGGCUUGCUCAGGUAUUGAGAACCUUUUCCUCCUUGAUGAGAUCGAAGACGUUAAUUUGAAUGAAGAUUUGCUGGAACAGUUGAUGAAAGAGAAGCAUAACGUCGAAAGGCUUCGUAAAGAUCGCGACUCUGCUGAAGAGGAGAAUGGACACCUGAGGCAGAAGAUAAAAGAGUUGCAGGAGGCAUUAACACGAAAGGAAAAGGAAGCAGAAAAUCUGCAUGGAGAACUCGCAAUCAGAGAGAGAGAAUGCGAGAAGAGCCAGGAAAAAGUGGAAGAACUGCAGAAGCAAGCUGAAGACAACGAUUUCUACUGCGGCUACCUCGAGGAAAAGGUGAAGGCCCAUGAAGCAGAGAGAAAGAGACUGACCCAGGCGGCCACAGAACUCGAGGAGAGACUGCGAGUCUCACAGCGAGAACCAGUCUCUGUUCUCGCAAGAAAUCGUGAUCUAGAGAAAAAUUACGGCCAUGAGACGCAGGAGAAUCGAGGUCUGCAGAAGGAGGCCCAUUUCAUGGAAGCCACAGUCCAGUCGCUUCCAAAGAAGAACGAAGAUGAUAAGACUAACUAUAAUGCCUUGGCUGAAGAGGCCAAGGCGAAAGGAAACAUGCUCUACAAGCUUGGACGCCUGGAAGAAGCUUGUGAAUGUUUCCUCAGAGUGCUGGAUGUGGCCGACGACCAAGCGGACUACAGACUAAGGCUGGGAUUGUGUCUCCUGUUGCUUGGCAGACACAGCGAAGCUAUGGUCCAGCUUGAGGGAUUAAAUGGUCGAGAAGAUUUGGUUGCAGCCGCCAAAGCCCUCCAAAGAAUGCAACGUCACGGUUGCCCCUACUACAUCCUGGGAAUUGCAGAAACUGCUAAUUUGAAGGACAUAGAGUGGGCCUGCAGGAAGCGGGCGCUCAAAUUCGACCCUGAUAGGUGCCAAGGGUCUGAAGAAGAGCGACAAUGCAGGAAGGAAAUCAUGCAGAAGGUCAACUAUGCCAACAAUCUCCUGCAUGAUGCUGAGGAAAGAGGAGAAUACGAUGCUGUCAGGGAGUUCAUCAAGGACCUGGCAGCUAAAGUGUUUCAAGAUCCUCAGGAGGCCAUGAAAGUAAAGAGGAAGAGACCUAAAAGGACAGCGAAGAGGACGAACACUAAAAGAAACUAG